AUGUUCAAAUCGAUGCUGACUCCAAACAUGGCUUCCCAAUGGCCAACACUCAAAGCUCUCAUGAAGCCACCAAUAUCUAAUUGUUUUCAGAGCCUGGUUCCACACCGUCUUUUAAACCUUCAAGUCGGGGACUCUGCAGAGCUGUCCAAAAUCUUUACUCAAAAUGAUAUUGAAAUAUUCUCUCAGUUGACUGGUGACACAAACCCACUGCACCUGGAUGAGUCUUUUGCUAAAAACACAAGAUUCGGGAGAACUGUCGUCCAUGGAGUUUUGCUCAAUGGUCUAAUAUCCGCAGUCUUGGGAACUAAAAUGCCUGGUCACGGUUGUGUACUCAUAUCACAAGAAAUCUGCUUCCCUGCACCACUGUAUGCUGGGGAAGAAGUUGUUGCUAUAGCACAAGUUAAAACAUUAAAGCGAUCUCUGGCUUAUAUUACUGUAUCUUGUGUUGUCCCUCAAUAUCAGCGCACAGUCAUGGAAGGGACUGUUAAAGUAUUGGUUCCUGAUCACCAAUGA